AUGUUUUACUUUCCAAGGCAAUGGGAAAACUCCACCAUCAGUCUUCGACAACCUUUCAUAGGCCGAUACAAGUGGUAUUCGAUCCCCAACAGCCGCAAGAAGUAUCACCAACUAACGAUGACAGGCAAUCUUUUACUGGCAACGAUCCUGUGCCUGAUGGGCGGCCAAGCCCUCGGCGCCGCGAUUAUAGAAGGAAACUACAACGUUACGGCCGUCUGCUCGGCGGUGAGCGUCGGAACCCAGCUGGGCAGCAUAGUGUCCUGCCAGAACUACUACGUCUGCCAGUCCACCGGACCCGUGUUGUCCUCGUGCCAGGCAGGCUACUCGUACGAUUACAAGAUAGGCUCCUGCUUUCCAAGCGACCAGGUGGCCUGCUACUGGGGCGUUGAGAAUCCCUGUGCAGGCAAGACACAGACCUGGGUGCCAAACACUGGCGUUUGCGGUGGAUGGUACUACUGCAUUGAUGGCAAGUCGGAGGGCUCUGGAAACUGCCCGAGUGGCCAGAAAUUCGAUGUAACCACACAGGGCUGCGUUUAUGGAUCCUGCUCCAACACCCAAUCUACUGAUGGAAUCGUUCUCGAAUCCCUCUGCGAUGUCGUACCACCUGGUAUAUAUUUCGGCGAUACUGGUAACUGCUCCACCUGGCACUUCUGCCAGUCCACUUCCACUGGAAUUGUUUUGCACACGUCUAAAUGCGAUUUGCAGUCACAAACUGCAUUCAACGUACUCACCGGAGAAUGUACCUACGAAACCCCCAAUGUCUGCAGCCGUGUGACCAAUGUAACGCUGGGCGAUGCCCCAGUUUCCUGCUCCCCGAACGGUGCUAAGUCACCCGAUCCCGAAGUGUGUGGAACGUAUUAUGUGUGCACGAACAAUGAAAAAGUGGCCACGUACUGUCCCACUGGCUACUACUACGACGUCGAGAAAGUGGGCUGUGUGCUCCGCCAGAACGCCACUCCGGAGAAGGGAUGCAAUCGUUGUCAGUAUGCUACGACUAUGUUUGUAAACGCCGUCAAUUCGGACAACUGCUCCACCUACUACUACUGCAACAGUCAGGGCCAGAACACUUUAACCACGUGCCCUUCAGAUAUGUUCUUCGAUGAGCAAGCCCAGGGAUGCAAGUCCGACCAAUACCUGAGCCAGUAUGUGGAGACUAACGGAGCUUGCUUUGGAGCUGGCGAGGGCGGAAUUGGUAGUACUACGGUCACCCCCUAAGAGGUCCAGUCAACUUGAAGGACUUUUAGAAGGGAACUCAACGGAAGACGACUAACUGAAACACGAUCCUAUGUACCACCUAUUAUAGUAUUCAGUAUUAAUAUAAAGCAAUAAAGCUAUGUUCGC